AUGACUAAAGUUGAUUCGGUUCAAAUGUCAGAGAGCCAAGGCCCAGAUCAAAGUGAAAAUUGCAAUGAUAAUGGAAAUGAAAAUGGAAAGGAAAAUGGGAAUGAAAAUGACAACACAAAUAAGGACAAUAAAACUAUAAGGAUAUACGCUGAUGGAAUAUAUGACUUACUCCAUUUAGGUCAUAUGCGACAAUUAAAACAAGCCAAACAUAUGGAUAAAAAUGUGACAUUAAUUGUAGGAGUUUGUAGUGAUAUAGAUACACGAAAGUUUAAAGGUCAAAUUGUUCAAACGCUAGAUGAAAGAACAGAAACAUUGAAACAUAUUCGAUGGGUUGAUGAAAUUGUUUCCCCAUGUCCUUGGGUAAUUACUCCAGAGUUUGUCGAAAAACAUCAAAUUAAUUUUGUUGCUCAUGAUGAUAUACCAUAUGCAAAUAAUCAAAAAAAAAAAAAAAAAAAAAAAGGAAAAUUAUCUAUAACCUCAAAAAAUAGCAAUAAUAGUAAUGCUUGUGAAGAACAAACUGAUGAUGUAUAUGCUUGGCUUAAAAAAGCUGGAAAGUUUAAAGCCACACAAAGAACAUCGGGUGUUUCUACCACCGAUUUGAUUGUUCGGAUAUUAAAAAAUUAUGAAGACUAUAUUGAAAGAUCUCUACAAAGAGGUAUACAUCCAAAUGAACUAAACAUUGGUGUGACAAAAGCACAAUCUAUAAAAAUGAAAAAAAACUUAAUUCGAUGGGGAGAAAAAGUUACCGAUGGAAUAACUAAAGUUACAUUAACAGAUAAACCGCUAGGUACCGAUUUUGAUCAAGGAAUAGAUAUAAUUCGAGAUAAAGCACAUGAAUUAUUUAAAUUAUGGCGACAUCAUUCAAAAAAACUUUUAAAAGAUUUUGCCAAAUCAUUUGAUCCUAUGAUUACUAUUAUUAGAAAAAAAAAUAAAAAAGAUAGUGCUUCUACAAUGUAUUUAUCUGAUUCAAAUAUUUUUUUAAGAACGAUGUCUGAACAUGUAAAAAUAAAAAAAUCGUUAAGUAACACAAUAAACAAUAUAGAUGAAUAUUAUUAUUCUGUUGACGAAGACUGGUCACGGAUUCAUAAUACUGUUUAUAAUGCUAUAAAUAAAUAUAAUCAUGAUAUAUAUAAUAAUGAUGCUGAUAAUUAUCAAACUUGUUUUGAAUUAGAGGGAUCCAUUAAAGAUAAACAAAAGCAGAGUAAAAUAUUUUGGGAUUGUUAUAAUGAUAGUUUACCUUCAAAUAGUGAUAAAAAAGUAGGGUUUGCUAUUCCAGAAGAUGAAAAUUAUAAACAUGAAUAUAAUCCAAAUAAUGAAAGUAAUAGAUCUUUCAAUGCUUAUGAUAAUGCAUAUAAUGACGAUAAAAUAAAUUAUUAUAAUGCAACAACUUAUCAUGACAUUUUAGAUGAAGAUGAAGUACAUUCAGAUCGUUUCUUUAAUAAAAAUAAUGAAAAUUGUAAAAAUAAUAAAAAUAAUAGUGAAUCGAUUGAAAAUGACAAUAGUAAUAAUAUAUAUAAUAAUAUAAAUAAUGAUAGUAAAAAUAAAAGUGUAGACAAAGAUGGCUACAAUACUUGCGUUGAACACCUUCUUAAUGAGAAUAAAUAUAACCAUAUCAUAGUAAAUAAAAUUCGAAAUUUAAAUAGUUUAAAAAAAAAAAAAUCAAUAAACAUAAUUAAGGCAAACGAAUUUAAUGAUACAAUAAAAAUUUCUGAUGAAAGAAAAAAAGAUAACAAUACAACUGAUGACGAUAGUAAAGAGUUUGAUAAAAAUAACAGUAAUGAUAUAAACGAUAAUAAUACUGAUACUAAAGAAUAUGUAGUAGUUUAUGCUGAUGGGGUAUAUGAUAUGCUACAUUUAGGUCAUAUGAAACAGUUAGAACAAGCUAAAAAAUUAUUUCCAAACACAAUUUUAAUGGUUGGUGUUACUAGUGAUAACGAAACAAGAUUAUAUAAAGGCCAAAUUGUACAAUCAUUAGAAGAAAGAACUGAAACUUUAAAACAUGUGAAAUGGGUAGAUGAAAUAAUUUCCCCAUGCCCUUGGGCAAUUACUCCAGAUUUUGUUGAAAAAUAUCAGAUCAAUUAUGUUGCUCAUGAUGAUAUACCAUAUGCAAAUACUCAAAAAAAAAAACAAAAAGAUAAUUCAGAUACCAGUAAUGAUCAGAGUGCUAUCGAAGAACAAACUGAUGAUAUAUAUGCUUGGCUUAAAAAAGCUGGAAAGUUUAAAGCCACACAAAGAACAUCGGGUGUUUCUACCACCGAUUUGAUUGUUCGGAUAUUAAAAAAUUAUGAAGACUAUAUUGAAAGAUCUCUACAAAGAGGUAUACAUCCAAAUGAACUAAACAUUGGUGUGACAAAAGCACAAUCUAUAAAAAUGAAAAAAAACUUAAUUCGAUGGGGAGAAAAAGUUACCGAUGGAAUAACUAAAGUUACAUUAACAGAUAAACCGCUAGGUACCGAUUUUGAUCAUGGUGUUGAAAAUCUUCAAAUAAAAUUUAAAGAAUUAUAUAAAAUAUGGAAAAAUGCUUCUCAUAAAUUAAUAAAUGAUUUUACUAGUAAAUUGGAUACUACUUAUUAUUUGGCAUCUCUUCAAAGUUUUAUGGAUAAUGAUUGUGAUCUUUAUGAUUAUGCCAGUAGUAAUUUUGAUGAUGAAACAAGUAGUUGA